UGUUUGACCUCACGUAUACAUUCGACAACACUGUGCAAAUUACUUUAAAAUUAAACUAAAUUAUACUUUACACAAUUAUAUUAGAGUUUAAAAUAAUGUUCCAAGAAGCAGUAAUCCUUUUUUUACUUGCUAUAGCAAAUGGUGCGCCACAGAAUAAAAAUCGGAAUCUACUCAUAAAUCCAAUAGUAGGCGCUUAUCCAUGUAAAGGAUAUGCUAAUAUGUAUACUGAAUUUGAACCUGGUCUACCACCAGACGAAGAAAAUUCAUAUAAAGUUGUUAUAGAUGACGAACUACCACUUUAUAGUCAAGUUAAGUUAAAAUUUGACUCAGAGGCUACUGUUAUAUUGUCUAAUGAAACGGUGACUAAAGCUCGAGUUCAUGCUUUUAAUGAUGACUCCGAAGUACUUUUCAAUAUCCAGUUUUUCAAGGAUGCUAAACAAGCGAAAUUUCGUGUCAAAGGACCACCAAGUGGCACUAUACCAUAUUUUACAAGUGUUGAUAUCAACUCAGUGGAAUAUUGUAAGGAACCCAUAACCGGAACUUUUGAUAAUUACAUCCUAGGAAGUAAGGGAACAGCUCAUGUUUCACUAUCAGUGCCUGAUAAGGGUUGUGGGAGACGGAAGGUCACUCAUACCGAGCUCAUCGUCAAUGGAGUGCCUACAAAACACGGAGACUGGCCAUGGCAUGGUGCUAUAUAUCGACUGGAUAGUUCAACUCUUCAGUAUAUAUGCGGUGGGACUUUGAUCUCGAAGAGUUUUGUUUUAACAGCUGCCCAUUGUACUACUAUAAACGGGGUUGCAGUACUGCCUGAAGUAUUGAGUAUUAUAUUUGGAAAGUACAACCUGAUUGGAGGUGAUACUGACACGCAAGAGCGAAAGAUACAUGAAAUAAUAGUACAUGCUGAAUAUAACCAUAGAAGACUUCACAAUGACAUAUCACUAUUGAAACUGAAGAGCGAAGCUACAUUCGAUGACUACGUACAACCAGCUUGUAUAUGGCAUGACAAUGCUCACAAGAAUUUACCAAUCGAUUCAAUUUAUGGCGCUGUUGUAGGUUGGGGAUUUGAUCAUACUGAUAAAUUAUCAACAGAACUACGCCAAACUAUGUUGCCAAUGAUCAGUGAAGCUAAUUGCAUCAAAAGCAACCCCAGCUUCUUCGGGAGACUAUUGACAGAACAAAAGUUCUGUGCUGGUUAUAGAAAUGGUACCUCAGCAUGUAACGGCGACAGCGGCGGUGGUUUUAUGGUAUUCGUACCCGACAUAAUUGGAGAUAAAUCUGCAAAUGCUACAGGCUCUUGGUUUGUGCGAGGAAUAGUAUCAUUUGCCGCAUCUCGAAAUGAUGCGUCGAUAUGUGAUAAUACACAGUAUACUAUAUUUAUAGACGUUGAUAAAUACAGUGAAUGGAUUAAAAGUCAUAUGUCAUAAA